CCAAAAGCUCAAUUACCCCCACAAAUUAAAUGAUCUCCAAGCUGCAUGAUUCCUCUUCUCACACGUCAACGCUUCUGACUUUGGGAUGGAUUCAUGGAUAUCCCGGCUUCUCUGAACUUAAUCAAUUUGAGAUCAUCAACUCCAGCUAGGUCAAGUUGCCUCUUGAACCCAACGAAGUAGCUGGUCAACUGCAAGCUCGCAGCACUCUCUCUCUCUCUCUCUCUCUCUUUUCGUCUAUAUAUAUUCACUCGGUUGCCGAUCGAUCUCGGCAGCCAGCAGAUUGAUUCCGUCUUCGUCUCCGUCUCCGGCCACCGGUGAGCAGCUUUUUCUUGGCUGAUAUAAGGAGGGAGCUAGAAAAAGGAGGAGGAGGAGGUCAGGUCUGGGUGAGACAGCAAUGGCGAGGCUAGGUGUUGCUCUCUCGCUGUCGUCGUUGGUGCUGGUCGUCUUGCUCGGCGCCGGCUUGCCUCGGCCAGCGGCCGCGGCGGCGACGCAGGUGUUCCUCUCCAAGUUGCCCAAAGCGCUCGUCGUCGCCGCCUCGGCCAAGCACGGCGAAGUGCUGCACGCCGGCGAAAACACGGUGACGGUGACGUGGUCGCUGAACUCGACGGAGCCGGCCGGCGCCGACGCGGCCUUCAAGAGCGUGAAGGUGAAGCUGUGCUACGCGCCGGCGAGCCGGAAGGACCGCGGGUGGCGCAAGGCCUCCGACGACCUGCACAAGGACAAGGCGUGCCAGUUCAAGGUCACCGCGCUGCCGUACGCCGCCGGCGGCGGCGGCGGCAGGUUCGACUACGUCGUGGCGCGGGACGUCCCGACGGCGUCCUACUUCGUGCGCGCCUACGCGGUGGACGCGUCCGGCACGGAGGUGGCCUACGGCCAGACCUCGCCGGACGCCGCCUUCGACGUGGCCGGGAUCACCGGCAUCCACGCCUCCCUCAAGGUCGCCGCCGGCGUCUUCUCCACCUUCUCCAUCGCCGCGCUCGCCUUCUUCUUCGUCGUCGAGAAGCGCAAGAAGGACAAGUAGAGCGCGGAGCGGCCGCCGCACCGCCAUGGAUCUUGAUUCUACCAUGGAUUGAAUUCCACUACCCAAAACAAAAGUUACAAAACUAAAAAUGUGAACUUUAGCUUGCUAUUAUCACAUUCAUGUACACAGUGCUCUGCUGUUCUCGUAUCUAGUUUUGCGUUUGGUUUUCUCUCUUUUUUUCCUUUUUUGAAAUUAUAUGUACCUUUUAUGUUAUCCUUUUUUGGUCAUCUACGUGCAUCAAAUAUGAAAUAAUUUGGUUGCCAUAAGUAUGUGCUUGCUGGUCUGGUCAUGUAUGGUAUAGCAUGUGAUGGGUAGCUGUGUGCACAGGUCAGGCGAGCAGGUGCCAACAACAGGAAGAAAAAUGUCAAGCUUAUCGUUUAAA